AUGAGCACUCUCGACAAGAUCCACUCCGACAACAACCCUAAGCAGGGUUUCCAUCCUAGCGCUGGCAACUCUAAACCUCUCACAGACAAGGGCCAUCAACCCGGUCGCAAGGUAUCUCCUAAGGACUAUGCCCCUGAAUUCCACGCAGAGACAUACCCUCCUGGAACUGCUCCCGCUUCCAACUCUUACACCCCCAACACCCAGUUGGAGGUGGGAAGCCAGGCUCAGAGUCCUAAUGUUGAGCACGGGAAGGGGUCCGUAAAAACACCUGCGGAACAGAGUUUACAGGGAGCUACCUCUCAGGAUGUGCACACCGGUCUAGGCCACCCUGGAGGCGGCCAAACGAGCGCAGAACUUCGCCAUGACGGACAAACACACCGGAAGAACCCUGGUGGUGGCCUCGAGAGUGUCGGAGCAAACAGGGAGCCCGGCUUAGAACGCGAGAUUCCCGGCCUGCGCGGACUUGGGCGUGAGGAAGCGCAGAGAAGCCAGCGUGGAGAUAAGGGUGCGUUGGCUGCUGAAGACAGGCAGCCCGAGUCUGCGGAGACGCUGGACGCGGAAUGGAAGUACGAGCCUCAGACCCAGAGACAGAGAUUGCAGUCUUAG